AUGGUGGAACGUUUAAUAAUUCUUAAAAACAAUAGUAUCGAUAGUGAAGAUGGUAGAAGAAGCCCGCACACAGGCAGCCAAACAUUGAAUACAGACGAAGAUGAACCAUUAUCAAUCGGUGAUUCUCGACGAUUGCAAGAAAACUCGAAAGCAACAGAAUCUGAUCAUUCAGUACAAACAGCUGAACGCAGACGAAAUUUAGUAACAAUAAGUUCUCUUUCAGUUGAGAGUGUAAAUGAUCGAGAUGGCUCUGACAAUCCACUAUCAGAAAAAGCUAAAAAGAAAAAACGAGCUAUGAGCCGACAAAUGAGCGAAACUGAUUUCAAAAAAUUUAUUGCGAAAAAACGUCCAUGGUAUACGAAAGUCGAUUUUACAAAACCACUUAUGUAUUUAGGGAUUUUGUUUUUAAUUUUUAUAAUAUGGAUUAAACGCGAUGUUUUGAUAACUCGAUUAUUAACAUCAAAUGCUCGUGUUAGACAUACGGCAGUUACAAUUGAACAAAGACAUGAAAAUGAUGAUUCAUCUCAAGCAUCAACAUUGAAAGAUUCUUCAUCAGCACUUUCUACUCAAGAUACUACUACUGCUGUUAACAAUAAUGAUGAUAAUAAAAAUGAUAAUAAAAAUGAUAAAAAUGAUAUUAAUGAUAAUGAUAUAAGCAAUGAUCAAACAUCAUUAACAGACAAUGAUGAAGAUUUUCCAAGAACAACUAAUAAAGGAAGUGGUUCACAAAAAAUCAAUUUACGAACUCGACGAACUAAAGUGAGUUUUACCAAAGAACGUCCAAAAAAGAAACGUCGUCAUUUACGAAAUCAAGCUAUCGAUGAUGAUGAUGAUGAUGAUGAUGAUAAUGUCAAUGAUGAUCUAGUCGACGAUGAUGUUUUAGAAGACGAAAUUGAUACACCUACAAUUAAAUCAAACAAAAUAAAAGAACCUAUUUUACCAUCGUCUAUUCGUACAUCAAAAAAACAUCAACAUCAGAAACGUCGUCGAUCUACUACAUCUCAUGUAGAUAGUCCAAAAACUGCAAUCAUUUCAACGCCUAAUAUUAUUUUACCAUUAUUCCAUGAUGUUGUUGAACAAAUGCAAAAAAUUCUUAAAGCUCAAGGUGGACGUCGAGAUCUGACAAAAAUAUUAAAAAAAGAAACUAAAUUAAGUCAACCACAAAUAAAUCGACUCGUUCUGAAAAAAGAUUUUAGUGUUAUUACACUUGAUACUUUUAUUGAUCUUUUAAAUUCAUUGGGUGCAACAAUUUUACUUGUAUCGAAAUAA